CAAAUUCCUUUGUCCUUGGACCCCACUUGGCUGACGUCACCUUCCUGUACUCAGGGAGUUUCCCCAGCCUGCUGUCCUGAGUCUGGACUUUCCCUCUGCCCCUCCCCACUCUCAGGCUGGUGGGGUGGGGAAAGCAGCCCAUUCCUGGGCUCAGAGACUCCCACCCCAGCUCAGAGGGAGCAGGGGCCCAGCCAGGGACGGACCCUCAUUCCUCCCAGGGACCCCAGACCUCUGUCUCUCUCGGCUGAGUCUUUGUGCCAGGAAGACUGCGUGCAGAAGGUGACUGUCUCAGUGGAGCUGGGUCAUCUCAGGCCUUGGCUCCUUGAACUUUUGGCCGCCAUGUGCUUCGCGAAGGUCCUCUCUGAUGACAUGAAGAAGCUGAAGGCCCGAAUGGUAAUGCUCCUCCCUACUUCUGCUCAGGGGUUGGGGGCCUGGGUCUCAGCGUGUGACACUGAGGACACUGUGGGACACCUGGGACCCGGGAAGGACAAGGAUCCGGCCCUUUGGUGCCAACUCUGCCUCUCUUCACAGCAUCAGGCCGUAGAAAGAAUGUGUGAUAAAAUGCAAAACGCAGAAUUAGGACGUGGACAGGUGAUGUCGAGCCUGGCAGAGCUGGAGGACGACUUCAAAGAGGGCUACCUGGAGACAGUGGCGGCUAAUUAUGAGGAGCAGCACCCAGAGCUCACUCCUCUACUUGAAAAAGAAAGAGAUGGAUUACGGUGCCGAGGCAACAGAUCCCCUGUCCCGGAUGUUGAGGAUCCCGCAACCGAGGAGCCUGGGGAGAGCUUUUGUGACGAGGUCAUGAGAUGGUUCCAGGCCAUGCUGCAGCGGCUGCAGACCUGGUGGCACGGGGUUCUGGCCUGGGUGAAGGAGAAGGUGGUGGCCCUGGUCCAUGCAGUGCAGGCCCUCUGGAAACAGUUCCAGAGUUUCUGCUGCUCUCUGUCAGAGCUCUUCAUGUCCUCUUUCCAGUCCUACGGAGCCCCACGGCGGGGCAAGGAGGAGCUGACACCCCAGAAGUGCUCUGAACCCCACUCCUCAAAAUGAAGAUACUGACACCACCUUUGCCCUCCCCGUCACCGCGUACCCACCCUGACCCCUCCCUCAGCUGUCCUGUGCCCCGCCCCCUCCCGCACACUCAGUCCCCCUGCCUGGCGUUCCUGCUGCAGCUCUGACCUGGCGCUGUCGCCCUGGCUUCUUAAUAAAACCUGCUUAUACUU